GCUGACGCGGCGUUAGAGUGGUUCCCUAUAACCCGGAGGAGCGGCGACGUGUCAGUCCUCUCUCCCCCGCUCACACACGCAGGCACUCAGGAGGACAAGCUGAAAUUAUGGCACCCAAAGGCGGUAAUAAGCAGCAGUCUGAGGAGGAUCUCCUCCUGCAGGACUUCAGCAGGAACCUCUCGGCUAAAUCCACGGCUCUCUUCUACGGAAAUGCGCUCAUCGUGUCCGCCAUUCCCAUCUGGCUUUUCUGGAGGAUCUGGCACAUGGACCUGGUUCAGUCGGCAGUUCUGUACGCAGUCAUGACUCUGGUCAGCACCUACCUGGUGGCCUUCGCGUACAAGAACGUUAAAUUCGUCCUCAAGCACAAAGUGGCUCAGAAACGUGAAGACGCCGUUUCUAAGGAAGUGACCCGCAAGCUGUCCGAGGCCGACAACCGCAAGAUGUCCCGCAAAGAGAAGGACGAGAGGAUUCUGUGGAAGAAGAAUGAGGUGGCGGAUUAUGAAGCCACGACCUUCUCCAUCUUCUACAACAACACUCUGUUCCUGGUGCUGGUCAUCAUCGCCUCCUUCUUCCUGCUGAAGAACUUCAACCCCACAGUGAACUACAUUCUGUCCAUCAGCGCCUCGUCUGGACUCAUCGCUUUGCUGUCCACAGGCUCAAAGUGAGAGAGGGAGAGAAACCAGGGAGAACAAACAUGGAGGGUUGAACAGCUGAGAGACUCGGGUUGUGUGUGUGUGUGAGAUGGAGAAUUUUGCUGUGUGUGUGUGUGUGUGUGUGUGUGUGUGUGUGUGUCCAGGGAAUGGGUUGCAGGAGACUUUAUCAUUUCACAUCAGUGGACUUUCAUGAAAUUCAUGACCCGUGUGCUGCCCAGGAGUCAUUUCGGACUCUUUCACUUUUUAUACCAAUAAAUGAGCGUAAACCCUGA